UUGGGCAACUGUUGCCCCGGCAACGAGAAAAGUGUAAGCACAAAUUGAGAGCAAAACAAUUGAAUAAUAAAAUGACGAAUAAGCCAACAAUUUGCUUUGAUAUAUCCAAAAAUGAGCGCUUUCAAAUUACGGAUAACUACAAAAUGCUCCAUCGCAAGCUAAAAGCGCACUGGAAUGUGGAGCAAAGCGAUGUAGAACUAAAUAAGGAGUUUUUGUCACGUAGCAAAAUCUUUGUACUAGCCGGACCCCAGGAUCGAUUCACCGAGGAUGAAUUUGAGGUUCUCAAGGAGUAUGUGGAACAGUCGAGCGGCAGUUUGUUGGUGCUGCUGGGCGAGGGUGGCGAACAGGAGUUCAACACGAAUGUCAACUUCUUUCUGGAACAGUAUGGCAUCUAUAUAAACAACGAUAAUGUGGUGCGUCCGCAUUACUACAAGAAUUUCCAUCCCAAGGAGUGUAUUGUGGGUGGAGGCGUUGUCUGCGAGUCCAUGUGGCGCCACCUCCUCAAACGGGACAUUGAAAAAGUGGAGUACGACUUCAGUGAUGAGAAGUACAAAAUACACUUUCAGUAUCCAUAUGGAGCUACGCUAAAUGUAUCAGAGCCAGCCAAUGUGCUGCUGACAACGGGACCCGUUGUCUACCCCUUCAAUCGACCCCUGGCUGGUUACUAUAGCAAUGCCAAGGGUGGAAAGAUUCUAGCGCUCGGCUCAGGCUAUAUGUGGCAUGAUAAGUACUUGCAGGACAAGACCAAUGAUGCCCUGCUGGAGUAUAUGCUGCAACUGCUGGGCACUGGCGACAUUACCUAUACACAUCUCGACUUUAACGAUGUGGAGCUCAACGAUAAUAAGCACUUCACGGACUUGGCCUUUCUGGCGGAUAUGCCGAAGGCCUGUUUGAUUGACUCCAUUGGAACUGAGAUGCCCGCAGACUUUAAGCAAAUGUUUGACAUGACCUUGUGCUCGCUGAGCAAUCGUUUGCUCAAGGAUGUCAUCGAUGCCUACGAACAGUUGCAUGUAAACUACGAGCCAUUGCGUAUUAUCAAGCCACAAUUUGAGAUACCGCUGCCGCCGUUGCAAUUGGCCACGUUUCCGCCCAUAUUUAGUGAGCCACCAGCGCCGCCGCUGGAGCUCUUCGACCUGGACGAGACUUUCAGUCCGGCCCGGUCGCAGCUGGCCCACAUUACCGGGCAGUGCCUGCAAGCGCUGCAGUCCAAGGAGCCAUCGCGUCGCUCCCUCAAUCAGCGCGAGCUGGAGAACUAUGUGAAGGAGUGCGGACGCAUAACGGCCAUUGUCCGGGAGCAGCAAGAAAUGCCUGCCCGCGAAAUACUCAACAUUGUGGCGCGUCAGAUAAGCAGCUAUGCACCCUAUGCGGAGGACUAGACAUCAACUCAGUAUCCAAUUACCAAGCAACUCAUCAGCCAGCCAGCCAGUCAGUCAGUUAGCCAGCGUUGCGCAUUCCAUCUAAGUUUUUUGCUCUUUUUCUUUCUUUGUAUACCCUUUGCAUAAUUGUGUGGUGAAAUGCGUCUUGAUGAAGACAUACACUAUACCAUUAUACGUGUGGAAUAUAUAUUCUUGAACAGCGUGGAGAGACUGUUAUAAAGAAAA